GGCAGCACUCGUCUGACAGCGUCAGCAGCAUCGCCAGCGCAACCAGUCAUUCCAGUGUGGGCUCCAACAUGGACGCUGACGCAAAGAACAAGAAGAAGAACAAGAAGAACUGGCUGCGAAGUUCUUUCAAACAAGCGUUCAGCAAGAAGAAAUCUCCCAAGUCGGCCUCGUCUCACUCGGACAUCGAGGAGAUGACGGACUCGUCUCUACCGUCCUCCCCUAAGCUGCCCCACAACGGCACCUCUGCCGCCGGACACAUGCUCAGGAGCACACACUCCAACUCACUAUUGUCAGAGUGCUUGGACAGCGAGGCGGAGAUGGUGAUGCAGCUGCGGAGCGAGCUCAGAGAGAAGGAGAUGAAGCUGACCGAUAUCCGCCUGGAAGCUCUCAGCUCCGCCCAUCAGCUGGACCAGCUCCGGGAGGCCAUGAACCGCAUGCAGCUGGAGAUUGAGAAACUGAAGUCAGAGAACGACCGUCUGAAGGUGGAGAACCAGGGCAGCAGGACGGGCUCUCAGGCCUCCAUCUCCUCUUCUCCUCCCCCUCACACCAACAGCCACGCCGCAGGACCCGGACUGUCUCAGCACAGCCUCAACCUCACCACCAGCGAGUCCACCAGCCUGGACAUGCUGCUGGACGACACAGGCGGAGAAGGAGGGAUGAGGAAGGAGGGGAGACACGUCAAGAUCGUCGUCAACCUGGAUGAGGACAGCAAGUGGGGAGAGGAGGGUCGGUCUUGCCAUUUUCUGAUCGGAUGCAUUGGCGUGAGUGGUAAAACCAAGUGGGACGUUCUGGACGGAGUCGUCCGACGCCUCUUCAAGGAGUACAUCACCCACGUGGACCCUGUGAGCCAGCUGGGCCUGAGCUCGGACAGCGUGGAGGGAUACAACAUCGGUGAAAUCCACCGGCCCAGCAGCCUCAGCGCCGCCCACACGCCCGAGCUGCUGCCCUGCGGAUACCUGGUGGGAGACAGCAACACCAUCAGCAUCCAGCUCAAAGGUGUGACCAGUAGGAACGUGGACUCUCUGGUGUUCAACACCCUGAUCCCGAAGCCGAUGCUGCAGCGCUACGUGUCUCUGCUGAAGGAGCACAGACGAGUCAUCCUGUCAGGCCCCAGCGGCACAGGGAAGACCUACCUGGCCAAUCAGCUGUCUCGACACCUUCUGCUGCUGGAGGGACGACCUCUGACCCCUCGCGCUGUCGUCACUUUUAACGUUGACCACAAGUCCAGCAAGGAGCUGCGUCAGUACCUCUCAGGUUUGGCCGAGCAGUGCAGUGGAGUACCGGGGGUGGAGAGCCCACUGGUGGUCAUUCUGGACAACCUGCACCACGUCAGCUCCCUGGGAGAGAUUUUCAACGGCCUCUUCAACUGCAACUCCCAACACUGUCCGUACAUCAUCGGCACCAUGAGCCAAGCCACAUCAUCCGCCCCCAACCUGCAGCUUCACCACAACUUCAGGUGGGUGCUGUGUGCCAACCACAUGGAGCCGGUGAAAGGCUUCCUCGGACGCCACCUGAGGAGGAAGCUGAUCGAGACGGAGAUCGGCAGCCGAACGCGCAACAUGGAGCUGGUGAAGAUCAUCGACUGGAUCCCACGGGUUUGGCACCACCUGAACCGCUUCCUGGAGAUGCACAGCUCCUCUGACGUCACCAUCGGACCUCGUCUUUUCCUGUCGUGUCCCAUGGACGUGGAGGGAUCCAGGGUUUGGUUCACGGACCUGUGGAACUACUCCAUCAUCCCCUACAUGCUGGAGGCUGUACGGGAGGGACUGCAGCUGUACGGCCGCAGGGCUGCGUGGGAGGACCCGGCCGCCUGGGUGAUUGACACCUACCCGUGGUCGGCCACCCCUACUCCAGCGGAAUGGCCUCCGCUGCUGCAGCUCCGCCCGGAGGACGUGGGGUUCGAUGGCUACUCUGCCCCGAGAGAGGGAGUUAGGAAGGAGCCCCCACAGAGCGACAGCGACGCAGACCCACUGAUGAACAUGCUGAUGCGUCUGAAGGAGGCGGCAACGUCGUCCAGCCCGCAGAGCUACGACAGCGACUCCAACAGCAACAGCCAUCAGGACGACAUCCUGGACUCGUCGCUGGAGUCGACCUUGUGAUGUCAUCAAAACGCUGGUACCAUGUUUUCAGGAGAGACUUUUUUUUAUAGGAAAUGUUCUCACUGUGGGAACGUCUUGCUGAGAGCAUGAUUUCAUGCCGCAAAAUCCAGCCACCUUAAUUUGGGUGCGGGUAACCCAAAUAUUUAAAAGAAGAAUAAAGUUAAGAUUACAUUUCAGAAAAAGGACAACAAAAGUUUCUACUGCACUGCACUGUUUUGUUUGUUUUUUUGUUUUUUUUUCACCGCUGUGGCCCAUGGCUCCCGUCAGGAGCCUCACAUCAGACAGACAGAAUAAAAGCACACGGGCAUCAUCAUGACCCUCAUCAUGCAGCCAUCAGCAAACGUCAACACCAGCCAGGACUCCUCCGUCCUCCACUGAGACGCAGCAUCAGCUCAUCAGGCUGAGAGAGGACUGGUCCUGCUCAGCCGCAGUGUGUCCGCGCUGCCUGCAGAGGGCGAUACAGGCCCUCGUCUGCAUCAGAAAGCACAGAUGAGGAUGCUGCUAAUUAUGGAUGGAAGAACAGCCCCUUUCUACUGGAGGAUGAAUUAAGCCAAAGUGAACGUUAAGUCCUGGAACUCUCACUUCCAAAAGCUCCUGGAAAUAUUCAUUCAUUUUAAACAACUAAUGUAGAAAUGGUCAAUAAACAUGUGUCCCUAAAAAAGAAUUAAAGGUUCAGUGUGUAAGAUUUAGGUGAAAGGGAUCUAUUGGCAGAAAUUGAAUAUAAAAUAAUCCUAGUGAUGUUUUCACUAGUGUGUUUCAUCUAAAUUGUAUGAUUUGUUAUUUUUUUGUGGCUGAGGGGUAGAGCGGUUGUCCUCCAACCAGAAAGUCGGCGGUUCGAUCCGAGUCUUCCCCAUCUGCAUGCCGAAGUGUCCUUGGGCAAGAUGCUGAGCCCCGAAUUGCCCCUCAUAGAAAAACAUUCUGCCAAUAGAUGCACUGUGUGAAUGUGUGUGUGAAUGGGUGUAUGGCAAACUUUACCGUACAGCUGCAACAACUUCACCGGUAAAUUCUAAACACUGAACUUUUAAGAAAGCACAAAUAGAAAAUGAGUGUUUUUGAGUUAUAUUCAAGACCAGUAGAGAAAAGGUUGAGAUGAAAACACGGCGACAAAGACAAACUCUGCAGCAACAUUGCUUCAUCCGAACAAUGUCAAAAUCUGUGGAGGAGGAAAAAAAAAUCUCUCCGAACUAGGGAGACAAGCUCGGUCAGUUUAACCAGAAAUUCUCACCGCAAUCGUGCUGACGCUUUUUCUUCUGCUGCCCACACAUCAUACGGUGCAUUCCAUCAAGGUCCCCAGUGGUCACAUCCUGCCUCGUAGCUCAGAAUCCAUUGUUCCAGCAGAAAGUCGUUCCUUUGAAAUGGAGCAAAAUAACGUGGCGAGUUCAUAAGUUUUAUUCGCCCAAAACACAACUCAGACCUACUGGAAAUUUAAAAAAAGGCUUUUCUUGUCCAGUGCAACAUCUGUGGCUAAUUUUACAGAGCGAGGCGAGAACAGAAUCUAAUUUACAAAAUCCAUUUUAGUUCUCACAAAAGAGCAAAGACUUGUGAACUCACUAUGGCUUCAUUUAUCCUUUUAAUUAUAACAGUAUUUGGAAUAAUGUCAUUUUCUUCUCGUUUCUGUGCAAUUUCAACAAACGACGCCUCCACCACUUCUUGCUUUAAUCUGUCUGAUCUCCGCGCACAUUUUGUGGCCCAAACAGGCUGUUGUAGCACAAAUCUCUUUUUUGGUGCUGGACUGAAUCCUAUAACAAACAAUGCCUUACUCCUUUUUUUUUUUUUUUGUAUCAGACUAUGUGCAUUAGUCUUUAUACGUCUGAAUGGCUGUAAACUUUAACUAACAGGGCUCCGAAGCGACUCUGCCCUUGAGCGGCGUUGACCUCUCUUCAUAUCAAACACCAAUGUCGUGGGAUCGGAGAAGACGUGAAUGAGAAGCAGCACUUUGGGUUGCGGGGUCCGGUCGUAUGCUUGUAGGACCUGGUGCUGAGAAGCUGGUGUAAAUAAUUGGACCACUAGCAGAAAGAAAAACAUAUAAAUGUGGGGUGGGGGGGUUGAUUUUGGUGCUCGACAUGAGAAGUUGCAGCAGGUUGAUUGGAUGAGGGAAGUUUAAGAUGUCUGGAUUUUAUACCUCAUCCCCAUCCUUUAACUUUGCUUUCUCCACGCUCAUCGUCUGUUUUAUGUGAUUUGUGAUGAACAAAACUAAUUAAGUGAAAACUAGUGUAUAUGCUGCUUUGUUUAUAGUGAUAUAACUAAUCGGAGGUUUAAGAUAUAAAGGUACUUGUAUGUAAAAACGGUUUGACAUCAUUUCUACGGCUUAGAGACAAUAAAGUCAUCCUACUCUUUCUUUGUUUUUGAACCUCCCAGCCUGCCUUCUGGGACGGGCAGGCAGGCAGACGCUUAAGGCCGGGGAGGGGGGGGCGGGGGCAGCUUCCAUCACUUUCAGUGUUUUUGUCACCGAUGCUAUGCAAAGUUCAUUCUUAUCUCCAAAUGGAAGCCAAAACGUGCAUUUGUCCCCCCCGAGCAGAUUUCAGCACUGCCGAGACGUACAGCAUGGAAACACAUUUGUUUUCGGGGAAUUCGUGGCAAAUGUUCUUUGUCCAUGUGUGUGUUUGUGUGUUUGUGUGUUUGUGUGUGCGCAUGUGUGUGUGUGUGUGACCCAUAGAGAAUCUCCUGCUGCAGUCCCUGUAAGCACAAAGAGACUGACUCUGUUUGUCUGCUCUUCAGCCAGAGGUGCGGACGUCGCCGAAGCAUCAGACCAGUCUGUCUGUUUAUUACUCACAAACCUGAUGAAUGUUUAGCCUUCUUUGCUAUGUACAUUUUUUUAUAUGUAACAUAACUCUGUAAAUAGUUGUUUAUCCCGCAGCAUUUUGAUGACUUUUUCUAGACGAUUUGUUACGGUACUUGAAAAAGGAAGUAUUUUGUGUACAGUCUCUUUACAUCAGAGCAGAUCGAUGCCGUUUGUCAUCACUGGUCUGGCCAGGGCUCGGAGAAUUGAAUCUGAUAUCACUGUACUAGUCUUAAGUUAUUGUGAUUCAAUAAAAUUAAUGAUUAUUUAUGAUUUAA